AAAAACAUUUUAAAAGUGGCGUGGUCGCGGUGAGCCGCGUGCGUAAUGGCUCUGUGUGGUUUAUGAUAAAAAUAAAGUUUGUUUUUGUGUUUAGAUAGAAGAAAUCUAAUAUAAUUAUAUUAGACUAAGAACAAUUCACAUAUUCUACCUCUUUUAUUUACCAAAUGGGUAAACCAGAAUUCAACAAUAGCCGCGGGGGCGGUGGCCGCGGCGGCGGCGGGCGCGGCUUCGGUGGCGGCCGAGGGGGCGGGCGCGGCGGCGGCCGUGGUGGCUUCGGGGGCGGCCGCGGGGGCUUUGGCGGCGGCGACGGAGGCCGCUUCGAGAAGAGAGGAGGCGGCGGCGGCCGCGGCUUUGGAGGCGGUAGGGGUGGAGGUCGUGGUCGUGGCGCGCCCAGAGGCCGUGGAGGCGCCGGUGGAGGCUUCAAGGGAGGCAAACAAGUCAUUAUCGAACCUCACAGACACGAAGGUGUGUUCAUUGCAAGAGGAAAGGAAGACGCACUGGUCACCAAGAACUUAGUACCUGGAUCAGAGGUGUACGGAGAAAAAAGGAUUUCAGUUGAGACUGAUGGAGACAAGGUGGAAUACAGAGUAUGGAACCCGUUCAGAUCAAAGUUGGCAGCGGCCAUCAUGGGAGGUGUGGACUCAAUCCACAUGCCUCCCGGCUCCCGGGUGCUGUACCUCGGGGCCGCCAGUGGUACCACCGUCAGUCACGUCUCCGAUAUUGUUGGACCAGAGGGUCUGGUGUACGCGGUGGAGUUCUCGCACCGGUCGGGUCGAGACCUCAUCAACGUCGCCAAGAAGAGAACCAACAUCAUUCCCAUUAUUGAAGAUGCUAGACAUCCAUUGAAAUACAGAAUGCUAGUCGGUAUGGUAGACACGAUAUUCGCCGACGUCGCGCAGCCGGAUCAAGCCAGAAUCGUGAGCCUAAACGCCCAGCACUUCCUCAAGAAUGGAGGACACUUCGUUAUUUCUAUUAAGGCUUCCUGCAUUGACUCGACGGCACAACCAGAGGCAGUGUUUGCAGCGGAGGUGAAGAAGCUCCAAGCUGACAAGCUGAAGCCACAAGAACAGCUGACUUUGGAGCCCUACGAGAGAGACCACGCCGUAGUCGUGGGUGUCUUCCGACCACCACCGAAGAAAGCCUAAACUAGAUGUUUAUUAAUGAAUUUUAAGCAGUAGCUUUAAGAGAUAUUUUAAGUAUGACUAAGUGUUAAGUAUAAAAAGAGAAAAGGA